AUGCCAGUUGACCUGAACAUUGGGCUACGGCGUAACCUUAUCUGGCCUUUUAUCGUUGCUGACACCGAAGUAGCUAUAAUUGGUGCAGACUUUCUGUCCCACUUUCAUCUCCUCGUCGACGUAAAGGGCCAAAAACUCAUCGAUGCGAAUACCAAUCUAUCGACACCAGCUUGUCUUUCCAACGCUGUACAUCACUCUGUGUCUACCAUUCAAGGUGCACACAGAUUCCAAACUCUGUUGCAGGAAUUUGUGGACGUUACUGUUCCAGCACCGAAGGGAAGCAACCAUCAGGAUAUACAACACUACAUUGAGACUACAGGAAGCCCAAUCUCCGAUCGCCCGCGCCGUCUAUCUGCGCUGUUCAAGGAGCUGGCCCACCUCAUGGGCAGCGAACACAUCCACACGACUGCUUAUCACCCCCAGUCCAACGGAAUGGUCGAAAGAUGGCACAGAUCAUUUAAGGCUGCGAUGAUGUGCCAUUCAAGCACCCCUUGGCCGGAACUGCUACCCAUCGUUCUGCUUGGACUUCGUAACUGUUUAAAAGAGGACCUUAAAUCAUCGGCUGCGGAGAUGUUAUAUGGAACAACAAUCCGCAUGCCGAAUGAAUUUUUUGAAGAUCUCGAUGUAAACGUGGAUCCUGCAACCUUCAUUGGCGAUUUUCGUGACCUGAUCCGAAAAAUUCAACCUUUUGAAGUCGUUUAUCGCAACAGCGACCGAGUUUUCACAUUAAAUGUCAACGGCAAGGAAGUAGCUGUCUCCGUGGAUCGAAUAAAACCGGCCUUUCUAGCUAAUACCGACACACAGCAGGAUGCUCAACCUGAGAUCGCUGUACAGCCACGAACCUACCAGAACAAGCGAGUACAAUUUAACGUAUCGUGA